CCAGCGGCAGAAGAAAGCCUGGCAGGAUCAUUAGGAGGGAGCUCUCCAGUAGAGACACAUACACAGUUAUACACAGUCAGUUAAAGAGAGCAGAGCAGAGGAGCGCUCUUCUAGAUCGCUGCCAGACGCGCGGACCACUUUGUAGCCUACUCGGCUUUACGGCGAUUGAAGACAUUUCUUUAUUUCCUUAGUGGAAUUUGUAGCGGUUUCUGGUUUGGAUUACUUUAACUCAAGCGGACGCGUCUCUUCGUGCAGGUAGGCUUCAGAAAACUUUGGAAAGAGUUGAUCGCUCUCCACGGACUCCUGUCAACGUCAACAGCUACACGUUCUGUCACUUUUCAUUUUUACGCAUCACUUUGGAUUGUUUUUAUCGACGCAGAGACACGAACCUCCACUUAAAACCAUCCCUGGGUUGUUUUUACUCCACUUUGCGUUGAGCCUUUCCAGAAAUGGUGGGGCAUUUGCAUUUACAAGCGAUGGAUGAAAGUCUCAAAGGAAAGAACCGGGAAGGGCUGCUCGACAGUCCGGAUUCGGGUUUACCUCCGAGCCCCAGUCCGCCUUUCUGCUCCCUCUCUCCGGGGCUCAUCGAGUCGCGCUCCGGCAGCUGCACGACGCCCGACCACCACCAACAACACCACCACAUUGCAUACAACAGAAAAGAGGGCAAACUGCUGCCCUACCUGCUGCUCAACUCCACAGGCACUGACGCAAGGACCCGCAUGCACCCUGUGUUUUAUGGAGAGAGCAUUGAGGUCAACCCCACGUCAGAGCAAGAAAUCAAGUGCACCUCAGAGGUCAAGUACGACUCAGACCGUCACUACCAGGACCAGGUUUAUUGUGCCCCCAUCCCGACCCCCACCUGCUUCAGUGAGACCGUGGUGGCCAUCCGAAACUGCACCUGGAGGAGCUACAAGUCCCAGAUCUAUCUCGAACCUCGCCAGAAGCCCAUGAGCUUCCGGAGCACAACCAUCAUCUACCCCAAACACGCCAAAAACACUUACCGCACCACGCUCAACUACAACUCCAUGGGGUCCCGCCGCUGGUUCGUGUCCACGGUCCAGCUCGAGUCCAGUGAAGACUCGAGUCCCUGCAUCAUCUACACGGAAGACUUGUAGGUGUCUGUGUGGAGACGGAAAUCUGGACUUAGAAAUUCUGAAGGAUGCCUGUUUGGAAAGGCCACAGGGAGUACUUUGAAGUGACAAGACUGGAGCCCUGCAAACCUGUACAUUUGAAUCAAGGGAGCGUUUAUUUUGUAUGGACUUUUUACUUAUAAAGAGACAUACGGAUGUCACUUUUUGGUUUAACGUCUUAUUUAACACAACAAAUUGGUGCCUUUGGCUCUUUCAACGUGAUAUAAGAUUGCCCUGUCGCACCAACUCUUUCUAAUUGACUUCUUUCUUGCACUUGUUCAUAAUUUUGGAGUUUCCUUGGUGAACCAGCAUUGCAGUUUUUGAGUUUAAGCAGUGCGUUUUAAAAUGGACCAAAGAAAGUUGGAGAGAAGUAGGACAAGAAAACAAUGUAAACACCAGCUGCUUGUCAAGUUUGACCAGGCUCUUUAAAUUAAGAAUGCAAAUGAUCAAAAGAUUUAUUUAGGGAAGAUUUUGUAAAUGUGUUUUUUCUAGGUAUUUUACAGUACUCUGUUUUUGUUUUGUUUCUUUGAGAUAAAUCAAACAAAUACAUAGCAAUUUCCUACACCUCUUUUUCACACCAUUGACAUUUAAUGAUAAAAAGGGACACAUGCUAAUCUAGUCCUAAAAAACACUAGAAAAACUUUCAAUGAGUUAUGGUGGCAGACCGAAACUUUACCUCAAAUCUUCCCAUAGCUUUUGAUUCAUUGAAAUUGUAUAGUCUUCAAUAUGCAACCUUGCAAUUUUUAUGUGAUUAAGAGCUUUGUAAAUGGACUGUGGAUAGAACCUUAACUUGGGUUUGAAAAAAUAGAUGUGAAAAGUUUUUUGUAAAGUCUAAUUGCAAUGGGAUGUGUAACAAGUUAGUGUUUGUAUGUAACAGUAAUUGUAGGCGAGAUAGAAGAAGGCCUUGUUAUGUGCAGAUGGUCAGAGGAAGAUGAGAGAAAGUCAGUGGAUGUUGAGUUGAUGUUGGUGAGAUUGUUAUUAUUAUUUUUUUGUUUCCUUUGUUUUCCUUUUCGUUACUGUAAAAUAUUCUCCUGUUGUACUGUAUAUGUGGCAUAUGAGGCACUUCAUAAUUCUCUUUUUAUUUUUGUACGUUGUUCCUUCUAGUCAAAGAAAAUAAUUUAAAAAGAUGUUUAUCCUCCUUGAAUAAAAUAAUUCCCCAAUCCUA